UUCCUAUGCUGUGCAUGGCGUCGUGGGCGGGUUUAGAGUUUCUCCUCAGCCUGUUAGGCAUCGCAUCAACGCCAAGCUGGAGGGACGGACAAGUUUCUAUCUAGCAAGACCACACCCCCCACACGCACAUGGUUUCUUCGAUACACGCAACAACGUAUGCACACGACUACGCGGCUUAGAAGGGGGGUUCCGUGACUGCGAACUUGAUUUAAUGUGGUCAUUAUCGUGGUCCACUCUUGGCUGGAACGACGACGACGACGCUCAUGACGCAUUGGGACUCUUAGAGGGGCUGCUUUUCCCUCUUUCCUUCUGCAGUGACCUUAUGUAUCUGUGCUCUGGGGGCUCGUCAUUCGCUAGGACAGACCAGAAAGCCUGAUGAUGGAACCAAGGCGAAAUCAGUCAUCCACACUGCCGUGCCACGCAACCUUGUGCGUCCACUACCAUCCAAGCCCCAUUGCGUGCUCGAUCACUGGAGCUGGUUUCACACCGCACGGCAAGCAGUCGCGUCGUGUGCGAAGCUUGACGAAGAAGACAGUUGCGAUCCGUAUAUGGCAGCCAUGGUCAUGGGUCAUGUGUGCGUGCACAUCCCGAUCCGGCCCAGCCCAGCGCAGGCACCCGGGGACCAGCGAGGCAGUAGACUCUUGGCAGACGAGUCAGGUCAGGCUUCCUGACGCCCGAGCUUUGCAAGUCCCAGCGGGGAGGAGCCAUGUCAAGAUAACUUUCACAGAUGUCAAAGAGAGCCCGAGACCUGGGCUGGGUGGCUGGAAUCCCGCCCAGCACAGCCAACACCGCCCCAAGAAGGCCCAGCGGGUCAGGAUAUUUUUAGAGAAACAGGCACGCUUACCAAAUCAAGGGGCCCUCUGAUGUCCGCGAGGUCUGAUUGGCUGCAGCAGACAUCCCAC